UAGACGCGGUUAUGAUCAGAAUUUUUAGUAAAUAUACGUACCUGUAAUAUUUGUAAAAUAUGAUCAAUAUGGACCAAAUAUAUUAACAAAUAUUAAUAAUUAAUAAUAUAUAAUUCAUGUUAAUAGAAUCAUUAUAUUUCGACAAUAAUAUUUGUAGAAUCCUUCUUCAAUGAUUUAUGUGUUAGACGUUAUACCAUACAAAUUUAACAACCAAGAACUAUCAAAUUAGAGAUGAAAACGUACAGCGGCGCAGGAAAAUAUUACCAAUUAUUAGUACCGAAUUAGGUGCUGGUAAUCCGAACGUGGUAGAACAGCAUAUUUACAGACACAUCGAUACAUCUAGAUAAAACAGCAUCUCAGACACUCCCCAGCACUUUUGGCCCACUUUGAGCUCCAAUUCUGGGCCCUUGUAUGAACAAAAAGUUGUUGAAUUUUCUUUCAGUUGAUGUUUUUCUUUUGAACGUUAUGUGGUAUCAUGCAUCCUGCCGGUGCAUGCGCUCAUGGCCUAAUCUACUUGCAGCAAAGAGCUUCAGUUUUUGAAGAAAAAUCCGAGAAGCCAUCAAUUUCCUUCAUCAAUAAGCCCAUUAUUUGGAGACAUGAACAGCACAAAAGUUGUAACCAGCCCUUUCAACUGAAGUAAAAUGGUUGGUUACCAUAGACCCAAAAAAGGUUUGGUUUUAUGGGUUCGCAAAGCUACGCAAUUUGUCAUGAUGAUGAGGAUAUUGCGGACAUGAAGCAUCUAAUGAGUUGUUGAAAUUUGCCAUUAAUUAAUAUCUUUUCGUUGUUGGCCAACGACGUUGUCGUAUUUUUAAUUAUUGCAAUUAUGUGUACAUUGAUC